UUGUAUCUGUACUAUUACACACUGAAGGUUUGUAAUACAUGUAUAAAAGUACACUGGUUGUUCUAGACUACUAUCAGGGUGACUGUAGGAGUUGGAACUACACAAGUAGUAGUGGCUAAGAGGCUAUAUUUAUCUUUACUUUCCACCCUGUGCCUGCAGCUUUAUUUAACAUUUUAUACAGGAGGACUGAUAUUUAUCGUAUUGCCAGGAUAGUACCAUUUUAAUCUAACUAAAGUUAGUGUUGUAAGAUAACUGCCAUAUUUUAAAAUGGUGUAGUGUGAGGUACAAUUUGUGUAGUACCAUUGUGAUUUGUUCAUCCAAUAAUUGUGGUUCAAUGGGCUACUAGUAUUAAUGAGGUUGAUAUAUGGCCAACAGAUAUAAUCGCUGACUGAUAUGAAUGAAGUCUGUGAAUGUAAAUUUAGUGAAUCAAAAAGAUCUAUUUUUAAGCAGAGAGCUAGUGACCUCGCUAGGAAAUAAACCUUGUUUCUGGAGAACAAAGUUUAUGGAAGAGCUUUAACUGAAGGCAGGAUAAUGUUCUGUGGUGCCUAGAUUACAUUUGGAUAGUAGGCGUAAUUUAAUAUUUAUAUAAUCUUUUAGCAAAUAUCUUGCAAUUUUAUACCAUGAUGCCAGAGAUUGAUUCUCAGCCUGUACGUUACCGCAACAGUAGAUUUAAUGGAAUUGAAGUAGAUUCAACUUAUCGUUCUGAUAAAUUGCAGCGAAGAAGUUUGGAUGUGAAAUCUAUGUGUAAAGAUUCAAUUUAUGAUAAAACUAUAUCAUGGUUACGGCAUCUCAAACCCUUCUCAAAAUCACGAUCUUAUGUCUGUGAUUUUAGCCCAGUCUCAACAUCUCCAAAUCGUUGGAAAACAUCAGCGUUAUAUGAAAAAAAAGAAACCCAGCUCAGGAAAUGUUCAACUCUACCUAGAGAUACUAAAUUUUUAGGUAUAGUUCAUGAAAUUCCACGAAUUGGCUCUGAUGGUGAGAGUGAAGAGGUGUCUGGAACAUCAGAUGAAAAAGAUGAUAAUAUAUCUCCUGUUAAACGAAGAAAUAAAAACCGUAGAAUAAAUGAGGAAGUAACUAAAAGACUGUCGUUGCCAGCUGAUAUACGUCUUCCGGAGAAUUUUCUAGCUCGACAAAGUUUGUCGCUCAGUCCCGAUGGUCAGCUCACUCGUCAAUCACGGAGAAAAUCUUUGUCUGAAAUUGGAUUUGGUAAAUUAGAAUCUUACACUAAACUAGAUAAACUAGGAGAAGGAACGUAUGCAACAGUAUUUAAAGGAAAAUCCCGUCUAACAGAUAAUUUAGUAGCUUUGAAAGAAAUACGUCUGGAGCAUGAAGAGGGUGCUCCAUGUACCGCUAUUAGAGAGGUAUCAUUAUUACGAGACCUGAAACAUGCUAACAUUGUGACAUUACAUGAUAUAAUACAUACAGAUAAAUCUCUUACACUAGUCUUUGAAUAUUUGGAAAAGGAUCUCAAACAGUAUAUGGAUGAUUGUGGUAAUAUUAUGAGUAUGACAAAUGUUAAGAUAUUUUUAUACCAGUUAUUGAGGGGAUUAGCUUAUUGUCACAAACGACGUGUACUUCAUCGUGAUUUGAAACCACAGAAUUUAUUAAUUAACGAGAGAGGUGAACUCAAACUUGCCGACUUUGGUUUAGCUCGGGCCAAAUCUAUACCCACAAAGACAUAUUCCAAUGAAGUUGUCACAUUAUGGUACAGACCACCUGAUGUGUUAUUAGGAUCUACAGAAUACUCUACCCCUAUAGAUAUGUGGGGUGUUGGUUGUAUAUUUUAUGAAAUGGCAUGUGGGCGGCCAUUAUUUCCUGGUUCUACUGUAGAAGAUGAACUUCAGUUAAUAUUUAAGAUUCUGGGUACACCUACAGAAAUAGAAUUUCCAGGAAUAACCACAAAUGAGGAAUAUGUCUCUUAUAACUUCUUAACUUAUAAACCAGAACCAUUAUUGAAUAUAGCGCCAAGGUUAGAUCCAGAUGGUCUGGAUCUAUUAUCAAAAUUUUUAAAGUAUGCAGCUCGGGCCAGAAUGUCGGCAGCAUCAGGCAUGAAUCAUUCUUUCUUCAAUUCAUUUGGGUCCACAAUUCACCGCAUACCAGAUACUGUCUCAAUAUUUACUAUACCAGGAAUAUCAUUACAUAGAGAUCCUGGUAUAAGAUCAUCUUCUGUAGCAGCUACAGGCAAUAGACGAAGACAAAGUAUGUUGUUUUAAAGACAGUUUGAUUUUAGUGUAUAAAAGACACAGUGAUAUAAACAUAACAAUCUGUAGUUGUUAGUUUAUUAAAGAGAGGUCAUCCUGAUCCAUUUAGUUAAUAUGGCUACGGACAAAGAGCAUAAACAACACAAGAUCACAUCACAUACUUUAUUCUUGAUGGACAGUGACAUCUUCAUUAUUUAAUAAACUAGAAUAAUUUACUUAGCUGGACUAGAUAGUGCUGGGAAAAUGUGAUAAACUAACACUAAAUUUUACAUGUAUAUCAAGAAAUAGUUGACUUGUUAUACUAGUAGUUUAAUGUUGUAGUCAAUUCAGCUCAUAAUUAUAUACCCGAUAGACACAUAUAUAUAUAUCUUAACUCACAUGGCACAGGAUUUUUCUUGUUAUACGACAACAUUUUCAUGUGGACGUAUAUUGGUGUCGCCCCUGUCCGUCCAUCUGUCCACAAUUGUUUGUGAACACUCUAGAGGUCACAAUUUUUAUCCGAUUUCAAUGAAACUUGAAAUAUAGGUUUAUCACUCUAAGAUCUUGGUUCCUUUCGAUAUUGGCAUGUAUCGGACCAUAACUUCCUGAAUUAUGGCCCCUGAUUGUACGAAAAAUCGUGUUAUUGGCUUGUGGACCCUAUAGAGGUCAUAAUUUUUAUCCGAUUUAAAAAAACAUUUUAGUAUAUCACCGUUACACCCUAAGGAUGGCUGAGUAGAAUUUCGUGAAAAUCGGACCAAAACUGACUGACAAAAUGGCCGCCCAUCAUUUUCAAAUAGCAUAAAAAUAUGGGAUAUCAAAGUUGAGGACCCUAUAGAGGUCACAAUUUUUAUCCGAUUUUGUUGAAACUUGAAAUGUAAGUUUAUAACCCAAAGAUCUCAGUUCCUUUUGAUAUUCGUGCAUAUCAUACCAUAACUUCCUGAAUUAUGGCCCCUGAUUGUACGAAAAAUCACGUUUUUAGCUUGUGGAACCUAUAGAGGUCAUAAUUUUUAGUAUAUAACCGUUACACACUAAGGAUGGUUGAAUUCGAGUUUGAAUUUCGUAAAAAUUGGACCAAAACUGGCAAACAAAAUGUCCGCCCCUCGUUCUCAAAUAGCGUAAAAAUAUGGUAUAUCAAGGUUGUGAACCAUAUAGAGGUCACAAUUUUUAUCCGAUUUUGUUGAAACUUGAAAUGUAAGUUUAUAACCCGAAGAUCUCAGUUCUUUUCGAUAUUUGCGCAUAUCAAACUGUAUCUUCCUGAAUUAUGGCCCCUGAUUGUAUGCAAAAUCGCGUUUUUAGCUUGUGGACCCUAUAGAGGUCAUAAUUUUUAUCCGAUUUAAAAAAACAUUUUAAUAUAUAACCGUUGUACCCUAAGAAUGGUUGAGUUCUAUUUUCGUGAAAAUCAGCCCAAAACUGACAGACAGAAUGGCCGCCCCUCGUUCUCAAAUAGCAUAUAAAUAUGGUAUAUCAAGGUUGUGGACCCUCUUGAGGUCACAAUUUUCUUCUGAUUUUGAUGAAACUCGAAAUGUAAGUUUAUAAUCCUAAGAUCUCUGUUCCUUUCGAUAUUCGUGCAUAUCGAAUCAUAACUUCCUGAAUUGUACGAAGAAUCACGUUUUUUGCUUGAGUUCCCUACAGAGGUCACAAUUUUUAUCUGAUUUAAAAAAAAUGUGUAAAUAAUUGCGGAUACCCGUACUUAACUUCCUAGAUUAUGGCCCCCUGAUUGUUCGAAAAAUGGCAUUUUUAGCUUGCAGAUUCUCUAGAGGUCACAAUUUUUUUUUCCGAUUUGAAAAACUGUGUAAAUAUUUCACUAUUCCACCAUAAGGAAGGUUGAAUUCGAAUUUCGGGAAAAUCAAAAUAAAACUGCCCAACAAAAUGGCCGCUCUUUGUACGCAAAUUGUGUAAAACUAUGCAAUACGAAGGUUGUCGACCCUCUAGAGGUCACAAUUUUUAUCUGAUUCUGAUGAAACUUAAAACAUAUCUUUAUAUCCCAAAGAUCUCAGUCCCUUUUGAUAUUUGCGCAUUUCAGGGAUUAUUGCCCCUGAUUGUACAAAAAUUCCUGUUUGUUUUUAGCUUGUUCUCUAUCCAUCUCUUGCAAAAUGUGGACGUAUCCUGUCUGGCAGUUGCUGAUUGCUCAAGUAAUGGCACAGCCAUCAUAGAAGACACAACUGAUUAGCCGAAGAGAUAUUACAAGUUUUCAGAUCUCAACCAAUCCGGUGGAACAGAAAUUGGCGUUGUUUUACUCAGCAAAUCAUGUUUAUGUGUUAACUGAAAUCUUAAAACAACAAGUAUGGUAGAUCGAUGAUCACGCACUUGGUAACCUGUAUAUGUUUCUGCGUAUCUCAGGCAUUGUAACCUUAUUAAGACAAUCCUGGGAUAGUGAUGUAAUUGAUAGUGCAGAACAAAGAAGUGACUUAUCAUGAUUUGUAAAGUCAGAAAUUAGACUUUCUGAAGAGAAUGUACAGAGUUUAUUCAACCUCUCUUUAAUAUUUAUUAUAUAGUACUGGUAGACAAGUUAAAACAAAGCAACAUCAUAGAAUGGAUAGAACUCUGAUAUCUCAGGUCUGUUCAUCUGUUAUGAUAUUUCAUAUGUGUAUAUAAGUAAAAUAAUAUGUAUAUUUGAUUCUAAACUACAAUUAUCAUAUUUAUCAACAACAUGGUAAUUUGAUACAACUGUAAAGGUUUUCAGUUUUGUAGAAACAUUAAUAUAACAAGUCAUUUUAUAUAGAAAAUAUUAAUCAAGGUAUAUAUUAAUUUAUUUUGUAUUAUACAUCAAAUAAUCAUUGAGUCCAUUUUAUAGAGCUAAUAUUUAUGAAGAACGGCAACAGGCAAUUAUUAUUGAAGAUAGUUUGCAAGGCAACGAAACAUAUGCCCACAGCAGCUAAAUUGUCCGAGCGGUCGACAAGGGUUGUCGCAUAUUUAUUCCUUUGUAGGUAAUUGGGGGCCUUUACAAGACAGUUCCAUACAGAUCAGAUUAUUUUCGUUUCACUAACUUAAAUAUUGCAUAUAAAUUUCACAAAGACCGGAUGUUAACUUUUGGCAUUAGAGCGUUCACAAAGUUCAACAAAGUGAAACAAGGGCCAUAACUCUAGACGUAAUAAACAGAAAUUAUUGAAAUUAAAAAGGCUUCUUCAUCUCACUAAUUUAAACAACAUAUAUCAUUAUUAAAACAAUUGGAUGAUAACUUUUGGCGUUAGAGCGUUCACAAAAAAUUGUGGACGAUGGAACGACCGACAAACGGACGGACGGGGGCGACGGCAAUAUACGUCCACAUUUCAAUGUGGGCGUAUAAAAAUUAAUGACUGUCCAAAACUUUUGUUUCAAGUUUUGUAAAAAAAAAAAUAAAUAAAAAAGUGCCUCGUCAUAAUGGAAAACCUAAACUAUGCUCAUAUCCAUUUUUUCUAAUCUGAAGAAAAUAAAAAUGAUAGUCAGCAACAAAUAAUUUUGAGAAAUUUGUUGGGACAUGUAACAAACGAAUAUUUAAUUCGAAGGUAUUUACCAAACAAUUCGUAAUUAGGGAAUCAAAAUGAAUCAUACAAGGAUAUUUGAUAUUUUUAAAAUUGAACUUAACUGGUACUACUACAUGGGUUACAAAAAAUGGCCAAAAGCAUUUGAUUGCUCUCAUUAUGUUACUAAUAAAUAUGAGAUAUACCAAAUUGUUUGAUAUGACUGACUGAAUGUGUAAAUUUGUAAUUAUUGUCAUUGUUGUUAUUACAUGUAUGGUUUAACUGAACAAGAUGCUCGAUGCAUUACUUUAUGUGUACAUAUAUUAUUUAUGAGGGGGGAGGGAAUCAACACAUGUACAUCAAGUGCUUUUAAAAUACAGAUUUACGCAGUAAGAUUUCUGAUAAAUGUAACAUAUAUGUUGAUUUGAUAACUGUUUAGCUUGUAAAAUGUGUUCAACCUUAUUGUCAAGUUUGAAGGGUAGAAGGUAAUGACAGUGGCCCAUAUGGAUAUGGCCUUUCAGACGGAUAGCUCUCAGUACACAGGUCCGGAUUAGGUUUGGUCAAAUGUUUAUUGUGAUUAUAUAUAAAGUACCUAUAUGGAAGUAGAUAAAUAUAUAUAAAUAAACCUAAACCUUCUCAUUUUAUAACAUAAUAAAACAAAUGCCACAAAUAACAGUAUGUUGAUGAAACUGAUCUUUUUGUCGUUAUAUAUUAUGACAUUUUGUUCAACCUAUUAAAACAUUAUUUAUCAUUAAGACCAAAAUAAUAUUGGACCAAGAGAACAAAAGAAAAAAAAUAUUGUGUCCACAUUUGCUGAUGCGAUAUCGAUUAAACAGAUGUAAGAAAAGAUGGUUAAAAUUCUAUUGUAUUGUAAAAACAUGUCAUCGGUCAGCACUAAGUUUAAAUAAUGCAAUACAUGUAAAAAUCGUAAUAUUUAUUAUCUAUAAUCAUAUCAACAAACAUGUUCAAAUGUAAUAAGUCUACAUUAUAAAACAUAUCUAUAUUAAGGAUUGUAACACACACCAUUUUGUCUUAGAACAUGUAACAUUAUUAAAGGAGAAUGCUAUAGUAAAAGGUUAAUUUUAUCAUUUACGUAGUUCAUUGUCUAACACAUUUCAGAAUUUUUUUUUUUUUUUAAAUUCAGAACAUUUUACCAUUUCUAGCGAAGAAAAACCAUUGCUGCAGUCGGAUUAGGUCACGGGUCAGAGUACCUUGUCUUAUCACAGUUUUUCGCUUCAUUUAUUGAUGUUCACGCUUCAUCAGCGAAAAUAUAUCUGAGAAAAACUAUUAAUUCCAACAAGUUUACCCUAGCCAUAGGGUAAUACGGUAUUAUAUGCCCUAAUCUACUUUCUUUGUGCAACAAAGAAAAACAAGGGUCACGAAAAAAUGUCUAUCACACUCAUUUACUUAGUAAAAUCUGACGGACUUCCUACAUCUAGGACUAUCUAUGAUCGACUGCAAAAUCAUUGACAUAGGCUGACACCUACUACUGAUGCGGAAGACGCUUCGAAAAGGGGAUAUUAAUUUACAUUAGUAAUUAGGCUACCUAGCUGUGUUGUUAACAUUUCGUUCCUAAUGCUACAAUGGUUACAUCAGUCAUUUCUAUUGCUAGAUUUUGAAAGCGUGUCGGUUUCACCAUAGAACUAUGCACAGUUUUAACAUAGAAAAAUAACAUAACUACUAUAUCUCGAUCGACAUAAUAAUAUUAUUAAAAUAACUUUCGUAAGUAGAUAACUCGAAAUGUUCCAAACAAAGAGAAUGAGAAGCAUGUUUUGAUGGAGACUAGCCCUUCUUGCCUCAUUGACAUAGCUCAUUCGCUGUGUCCAGACCUUUCUGCGUGUUGCCUCACUUGGAAAUUUGAAAAAAAAAUGACACAUGCUUCCUGUUUUAUUGUUUGUGCUAUUAGUACAUCCCCAAGCGACGCAACUGACCAUGUUUAUGCUUCCAGUUAUUCAAAAUAACGGGAUGCAGUGCUCAGUUUCAAUUGCCAUCUUUAGGGAAAUUCACGUCUGUUGUCUCUGAUGUCACUCACAGGGAAAAUCAAAACAAGGCGGCAGAUAUGCAUAAAUGUCAAUUCUGGGUUUUUUGGUAUACUUUUCCUCUUUAAAAAUAUUCAGAAUGACUUUUCCAAUUUCACAGGGCUAAAAAUAUUCUAAUAUUAACAUUAUUUUUCAUAUUAAAACAACUUUUUGCGGUAGUAUUCUCCUUUAAAUCUCUACCUUUACUUACCAGUCUUACUGAAGAAAGAUUUUGAAUAUUUUCUAUGUGCUGAUAUGUACUUGAUUUAUACACAGAAAUUUGUGAACAGAUUUAUUUUAAUAAUAAUAAUCAAAUAACAAUAAGGGUUCUCUUUGGCAAAUGGUUAAUAAUAUAUAUAUUUAACUAGUAUUUUUGUAAUAAUUUAUAAAUAUAAUUAAAUGAUAAUAAUUAUAGUACAUGUAGGUAAUAAUAUGUAGAUGUCUAAUGUAAUCAAGUAUCUGAGAAAACCUGAUUCCAAUAUGAAGUUUUCAUUUAGUCAUCUCAACCCUUAAGGGACAAUUAGUGAAUUGAUCUUUUAUUUUUAAUGCUACAUAAAUAUUGUAAUGACUAGAAAGUUAUAAAUGAAGUUGAGAAGUAUAGAAGUUAGAAGACUGUGAUAUAGGAUAGUUGAACUGUUAUAGUGUUAUACUAUGCUCUGUUCACAAAUCAAAGUUAAUAAAUAUACUGAGCGCCAUGGAAAACGCAUCACUUAAUUUUUCUUAUAACAAAAUGAUCCUGUAAACAUAUCUUAUUUAUUUUGCUACUUAUUGUGAACAAUAUUCAAACGGGAACACAUCAAUAACAACACAUUUGUACACUUAUGGAAGUUUAAUCUGUAAUCAACGGUACAAAGUCAGAGGGGUAAAAACCAAAAGUACGACACAGAUGUCAGUAGCGCGUGUGUCCUCCACGGGCUCUUACGCACGCUGUGCAGCGACGUCGCAUGGAAUUAACCGAUGUUUGAAAGAAGGCCUGGGGCAAUCUCAUCCCAGACAUGUUCUAUCGGUGCCAUGGCUGGCCAGUCCAAGACAUUGAUGUUGUUAGCAGCCAGGUCGUCCAUACUAAAAUGGGCGGUAUGCGGACGUGCAUUAUCCUGUUUGAAGUGCUGAAGUUGUGGGUACGCUCGAAACAUCGGAACAACAAUUGGUUGCAAGACAUCAUCACGGUAGGCUACAGCAUUAACGCGACCCCUGCAAAUGUGUAGGGCGGUCCGGUGAUGAAAUGUGAAGCCUCACCACACCAUUACACUUCCCCCACCCCAUCGAUUCGUUUUGAAGACACAGCAGUCUGCAAGACGUUCCCCAAGAUGUCUCCACACAUGUUGACGGCCAUCAGCGUGAUGAAGAUGAAAGUAACUCUCAUCACUGAAGAGCCAACUUUGCCAGUCUACUCUUCUCCAUGUCUGGUGUCCUUGAGCCCAUAUCAAACGCCGCUGACGGUGAUGAUCCCUGAGGAUAGCUCCAACAUAAGUUCGUCGUGCAUGGAGUCCUACUUCUCUUAGACAACGUCUUACGGUGUUGGCACUUACUGGUCCUUGUCUUCCAACGGCUGCUGCACCUGUUCGAGGCACUGGGCAAAAUCUGUCACGCAGAUGAGUGACCCGGAUGUAGCAGUCUUGAGCCUGGGUUGUAAUGCGUUGUGGACCAGGACGUUGACGGUCACGUGUUGAUCCAGUAACUCGAACACGUUCCACCAACCUUACAAUAGUGGACUGAUGACAAUUGAAGUGUCUGGCAAUAGCAUGUGUAGACUUGCCAGCCUGGCACAUUCCCAUGGCUUCAUUCCGUUGAUUUUCAGUAAGUCUCGGCAUCUCUAGCUCAAUUCCUUCACGCGUCCAACAACAAAUUACGACAGAUUGACUUUUCAAAGUUCAUGUACUGCACAUUAAGUUGAAAACAUGCUUUUAAAGGGCUCACACACAAUGCUGCACGUGAAUAUUGGGUUUUUCAUGUGCAUCUCGUGCAAUUUUUUUUUGUGCACACGGGCACAUUGUGUGAAACAAUAGUUCAUAGUAUUGCAUAAUAUUAUACAUACAAAACCACCUAGUAAUCAAAUAUUUGGGAAAAAAAGUGAUGCGUUUUCCAUGGCGCUCAGUAUAUGUAAACUAUCUACCGGUAACAUUUCCGUUCUGGGGCUUAAUUUUAAAUAACUUGCAAAACUGCAGAGGCUAUUGAGUUAUUGGUUCCAUAGACUUAGAGAAUAAAGCCCUUGUAUUACUCUGAGUAAUAUUUUUCUGUUGCCUUAUAUUUGCUCUAAGUGGUUGGCAAAGAUGUACUUAAGUGGCUAAAAUAAAAAUGUCACAACUAUUCUGAGAUGAAAAUUGAAUUACUAUGUGUAUAUUAUUCUAUAUUAAUCAGAGUAAUAAUCUAUUGGAAAAAUUAAUAGAUCUGAUAUUUCACAACUUUUUUGUAUACACAGAUUGUUUAUUAUGUAUACUAUAAAUAUUUAUUAUGAAAAAAAUAUUUUCAUAUAAAUGGCAAGUUGUUUUAUGUAAAGAAAGAAAAAAUGCAGAAAUCUACACAAUAUUGUUGCAUCAUUGUUUUUGUGUGUAUAAACUGUAUGUCCAGCAAUAGUAAACCUAUUUUAUUUUGAUCAAAAUAUAAUUGUAAAUACUGUGUGUUUUGUACAAUUGUCAUUUUGUUUACAAUAAUCAUGUGUUCUGUUCUGUCAUUCAAUAUGAAUUCUGCCUAUAAAAAAAAAUCAUAAGCUGCUUUAAUGUGUAUCUUGACAAACUGUUUAGAAACUAUGGUUUAGAUUUUAAUAUAUAAUUAGUGGAAGCUAGGAAUUGUAUUCUUACAGCUUUUCAUUUUUCAAAAGUAAUUACAACGAUGACAUUUAUUAAUGAUCAAUUAGAAAUAACUGCGAUGAAUAUACAUGUGAUUACAAUUUUUUUUAAUAUAAAAAAAUAGCUGUUUAAAGUUACCAUUAAUUAUUGUUCAGGUUGCUUUUUUAUUAGUCAUUUUUGUAAAGACAUAAUUAUAUAAAAAAUCAUCACUUUGAAAGUGUUGUGAAAUCUGGGUGCUUUGUAAAAAAUGUAAACAUGAAAAUAAUAUUCAUUUAAGAAAUGAUCUUUAAUGCUAUUAAAUGAUGGUGUUAAAUUAAUAAAGAGUAAUGUUGUGUUUGUCAGCUUUCCACAGUCUGAUUA